UUCGAGUUGGUCGGUGUCCAGGGCCGUUCCUACUGCUUGUCCAGCAACUUGCUUCCCACUGUCUGUCUGUCUGCAGAGAGAUCCUUCCGAGACACGGACUGGCCGGGGGCUGCUGGCUGCCAUGGCCAGCGUGGACCAGGUCCUGGGGCAGGUGGGGGAGUUCGGAAGGUUCCAGAAGCAGGCCUUCCUGCUCCUGAGCCUGCUGUCGGCGCUCUUCGCCCCCAUCUACGUGGGCAUCGUCUUCCUGGCCUCCACGCCCCCCCACCGCUGCCGGAGCCCCGGGCUGGACGAGCUGGCCAGGCGCUGCGGCUGGAGCCCGGCCGAGGGGCUUAACUGGACGCUGCCCGGCCUGGGGGCGCUGGGGCCGUGCCACGCCUACGACGUGGACUGGAACCGCAGCCUGGGCUGCGGGGACCCCCUGGCCGGCCUGGCCCCCAACGGGAGCCGCCUGCCGUUCGGGCCCUGCCUGCACGGCUGGGUGUACGACACGCCGGGCUCCUCCAUCGUCACCGAGUUUCACCUGGUGUGUGAGGAGUCCUGGAAGGUGGACCUGCUGCAGUCCAGCGUCAACGUGGGCUUCUUCCUGGGCUCCCUAGGCAUUGGCUACAUAGCGGACAGGUUCGGCCGGAAGGCCUGUCUGCUGGGCACCUCGCUGGUCAGCGGAGUCUCGGGAGUGCUCCUGGCCCUGGCCCCCGACUACACAGCCCUGCUGCUGCUGCGGCUGCUCCAGGGGCUGGUCAGCAAGGGAGGCUGGACGGCUGGCUACACGCUGAUCACAGAGUUCGUGGGUCUGGGCUGCAGAAGGACGGUGGCCAUCCUGUACCAGGCGGCGUACACGGUGGGGCUGGUGCUGCUGGCUGGAGUGGCCUUCGUGCUCCCCGACUGGCGCUGGCUACAGAUGGCUGUGUCACUGCCCCUGCUACCCUUCCUGCUCUGCUGCUGGUACCUGCCCGAGUCCCCACGCUGGCUGUUGUCACAGAAGAGAAACACCCAGGCCAGGAAGAUUAUGGAAUACAUUGCCCAGAAGAAUGGGAGGCUCCCUCCAGCUGACCUCAAGAAGCUCUCCUUGGAGGAGGACACUGCAGGCAAGAUGGCACCCUCCUUUGCAGACCUGUUCCGUACCCCAAGCCUGCGGAGAAAUACCCUGAUCCUCAUGUACUUAUGGUUCACCAGCUCCGUUGUCUACCAGGGCCUCAUCCUGCACGUGGGGGCCACGGGCGCCAGUCUCCACCUGGACUUCCUCUACUCCGCGCUGAUGGAGUUCCCCGCCAGCAUCAUCAUCCACGUCACCAUCGACCGUGUGGGCCGUCUCUACCCCAUGGCCCUGUCCAACCUGGUGGCCGGUGCAUCCUGCUUCAUCAUGGUCUUCAGUCCGCCUGACCUGCACUGGCUGAAUAUUGCCGUGGCCUGUGUGGGCAGAAUGGGUAUCACCAUCGUCUUCCAGAUGGUCUGCCUGGUGAACACGGAGCUGUAUCCCACCUUCAUCAGGAACCUGGGGGUGAUGGUGUGUUCCUCCCUGUGUGACCUCGGGGGCAUCCUCACCCCUUUCCUGGUCUUCCGGCUGAUGGAGGUCUGGCCUGGCCUGCCCCUGACUCUGUUUGAUCUUGACACUUGGGCAUAAACACAUGGAGAGAAUAGGCCUGCUCCAUGACCCUGCAAUCCCUCUCCUGGGGAUAUGUCCUAAGGAAACAAACACACUCAUCCUAAAAGAUCUGUGUGCACCUGUGUUCACAGCAGCACAAUGUGUAACAGCCAAAAUCUGGAAGCAACCCAGGUGUCCAACAACAGAUGAGGGGCUGAGCAAGUUGUGGUCUAGAUACACAAGGGAAUACUACUCAGCUAUUAAGAAUGAUGGAUUCACCUUCUUUACCUCAUCUUGGAUGGAGCUUGAAGGAAUCCUGUGAAGUGAGAUCAGCCAGAAAGAGAAGGAUGAGGAUGGGAUGGUCUCACUCAUGGACAGAAGUGGAGAAAUAAGAACAGAAGGGGAGACACAGAGCAGGACUUGGACUGGAGUUGGUGUCUUGCCCCAAAGUAAAGGACUCUGGGGGGUGGGGAGGGGCUUUCAGGUCCUGGUGCUGAUGGUGGAGGAGGACCUGGGCUGGCGAGGAGAGUGUUCUGCAGAAAACUGAGAAGAAAUUUUUCUCAUGGACCAGCAGCUGUAGUUACUGUAAACCACUGAUCCCCUCAAUUAAAAAAAGGAUCAUGAAAAAGAAAUAGCCUAGACAAGUAAAGCAAACUCAGUAAACGGGGAGUGGAAAGCAUGUGUGUGUGCCGAUACCUAAUUAUUUUAACUGAUCAGUAGAUUUGCAUAGUCAGACAUGAACUUCUUUGUUUAUGUCCACCUGAAUCAGGCAAAGUAAAACCUUAUGAUCCAAAUAUUUGAAUAAAUACUGUUUAGUCAAAAGAAAAUAAAAAAGGAAUCGCAGACUAGUAUCUGCUCUGCAAUUGAUCAAGUCAGAGGACAAGGGGAUCAGUACUUCUUUCCCCAAACCUGGACCAGGUGGUGGUACACCUGGUUAAAUGCACAUAUUAUCAUGUGCGAGGACCCAGGUUCAAGUCCCCCGUCCCCACCU